AAUAACCGGUUCACCAAACAAUGUUACUAGAUUAAUCCCGAUUUCGUCAAAAUAUAAGCUAACUUAAUCGAAGAUUGAGUCUGUUUGUUUGGAUUUAGAACGGUGUGAUGUUAGAUUUGGUUUAGUGGCAAACCAAACCGGUUGACUGAAGAAUGAAUAGACUCAACGAACAGUUUUCAAUGAAACCAGAUAUUGUACUCUUGUGAUUCGUUUACAAUGAAACCAGAUAUUGUACUCUUGUGAUUCGUUUACAAUGAAACCAGAUAUUGUAGUCUUGUGAUUCGUUUACAAAGUGCCUUGCCUAGAAUGUACUACAUCAUUAUCAUAUUAUUUUUAGGCACUUUUACCUGGACUACUCGGUGUUAUGAUUAAUUGUAUAUUAUUUGGUUUCCAUCAUAUUUAUUUGUUAAUAAAUCAUAAAUACAACAAAUCAGUAAAUUCUUUCUUUCAUAGUACUUUUCUUCAAGUAAGUAGUAAUGCGUAAGCAGUAGUGAUAAGCAGUCAUAAUUUAUGGUGCUUAUCAAAUUUAAUUUAUAUGUUAUUGAACACUAAGUGUUGGGCAGUUCACUGAUAAGCAGUCAUAGUUUAGGGUGCUUAUCAAAUUCAUUAUUAACGGUUAAUUCAUUAUUAACAUUAUAAUUAACGGUGCCUAUCAAAUGUAGUUAUAUGUUAUUGAACACUAAGUGUUGGACACAACGCAUCGUUAUACCACCAGUCAGGGUUUACAAUGGUCUCACAUUAAGUGCGGUUUUCUGUCUAUACUCUGACACCACGCAUCGUUAUACCACCAGUCAGGGUUUACAAUGGUCUCACAUUAAGUGCGGUUUUCUGACUAUACUCUGACACAACGCAUCGUUAUACCACCAGUCAGGGUUUACAAUGGUCUCACAUUAAGUGAGAUUUUCUGACUAUACUCUGACACCACGCAACGUUAUACCACCAGUCAGGGUUUACAAUGGUCUCACAUUAAAUGAGGUUUUCCGACUAUGCUCUAACACCACGCAUCGUUAUACCACCAGUCAGGGUUUACAAUGGUCUCACAUUAAGUGCGGUUUUCUUACUAUACUCUGACACCACGCAUCGUUAUACCACCAGUUAGGGUUUACAAUGAUCACAUUAAGUGCGGUUAUAUAUCUUAUGUAGACACUUUUAAGUGGUCCCUUCUUCAUGAAUGAUAAGAUGAUUGUGAGAGAAAGGAAUCAAUAAUUCAUUAAUACUUAAUUAGAACUCUAUUAGACCGUAAAGAUUGCUAAAUAUAAGUUAUUUAUUUUUGAUGGUGUUGAGUAUAUAGUUUUAUUUGAAAUUGUUUGCCAAUUUUGCUUUCGGAAAUAUUCUGUAAAUGUCACAAUAGUGUAGCUAUGACAUUGUGUGAUUGUUCAGUAACUGUUGUUAUUACAGAAUCAGUGGAGAGCAGCCAGUUCAGAUGCGACCAGUGCGGGAAAGUUUACAAGCACAAGUGUAAUCUGUUGACUCACAGGCGCUAUGAGUGCGGCACCGAGCCCAGAUUCCCUUGUCCCUUCUGUCCUUACAGGGCCAAGCGAAGAACUCACCUCAAGGGCCACUGUGCCCUCAAACACAAGGUCGCCCUUUAGAGUUGAACAGUGUAACCGAUAAGUUCCUCUGUUCGUAACGAUGUUCAAUAAAAUGCAAUUAAGAUUUCAUAA